AUGCGUUUCAACAUCGUCAGCCUCCUCCUGGCCGGAGUUACUGCCACCUCCGCAGCCACCACCACCACCCCCGCAGGCUCAGCCUCAACCUGUUUGCCCUCAUCUGCUGAUGCAAAGGUCCUCGAAUUCGCCCUGGGUGUCUCCAACUUCGUUGGCGGCUUCUACAACUCCACCGUGAACAGUACCUUCGGAAGCUCCACCAACGCCACCAUCCAAGCGUACCAGAAGAUCCUCUUCGGCCUCGAAAAUGACAACACUCUAUCAAGCGAGGCCAUCGAGAAAGUUGGCGCCCAAGCCCCCGGCUUCUCCGCGCCCAAGUGCGACUACAAGUUCCCCGAGGUCAACAGCACCCAGGCCUGGGCCCAGUGGGCCUCCCGCUUCGAGGAUACCGCCACUGGUGCCUUCAUCGGUCUCGCCGGCUUUACCGAGUCCCCCGAGGUCUCCUUCCUCAUGGCUCGUUUGGCUGCCGAGCACAGCGCCCACGCUGCCUUUAUUGGUAGCCGCGUGAACUCGACCUUCUUUGCCCAGAACCAUACUUCACUUGUGGCAGCUUACGGCCCCGUUCAGGUAUUGUCCACUCGCAACCAGACUGGUAGCCUCGGCCAGUUCCUUGGUGGCUGUCUCACUGCCCCCACUAGCCCUUGUGGCCCGCUGAGAAUCGGCCCCUUGGAUGCUACUCCCUCCCCCUCUUCCGGUGCCGCGAGCAGCUCUGCUGCUUUCAAGAAGCACUAA